GGGAGAGUCCUGGUGGCGGCGGCCGCCGCUAUUGCACAUGCUGUUUGACUGCCAGCCUUGGACUGCUCUGGGUAGCUGCCUCCGCUCCGCUCCGCCUCCGCUGGGUGCCUUUGCCCUGGGCGGCGCCGGCUGCUUUUACACCCCCGGAUAACAGUAGCAGGCCGGCAGCAGCGGAGCAAAGGACGUGUGGCAGGCGGAGUGUCUGUCUGGGGCUGAGAGCAGCAGCAGCAGCAGCGGCGGCGAGGGGAGGGUCUGCGGCUUGGCGUAGCUGCAGCAGCCGUCUCGGCCUCUCGGGGAGUGACUGUGUGUGCGCCUCCAGUCUCUGCCGCUCGCCGAGCUGCUCCUGCCACCGCUGGUGAUUGUUAUUGUUGUCGCUCUCGUCUCUCCGGCUCAGAGAGCCCAGCACGGUCAGGGGUGGACGGGCAGGAAUGUGAGCGGUUUUUGCAGGGGCUGUGUGCGCGGGGGGUUCUGUGUCACCCCCGCCACCACCAGCAUCCUCAUCAGCUGGAUCUAUUGUCAGCAAAAGAGGAAAUUGCAAUCAAACAGCAGCAGCAGCAACAUCUGGGCGGUCACAUCUGGGCAUGCAACAUCGGCUUCCUCCUCCUCCUCCUCCUCCUCCUUCUUCACCCGAGUGGAUCACUUUGGGGGUGGAAAUACUUCUGCAGUCAAGCCAGAGGUUCCAUCUUAUAACUGAAUAUUGAAACUGGAAGAGAGGGGGGUGGGGUGGGGAUAAAGGCUGCUUUUUCCUCCCCUUGGGAUUUAUUUCAUGGGGAUGUGUUCAAGACAAGAGAGGAUUCAGAAGGAUAUUGACGUUGUGAUCCAAAAGUGCAAGGCGGAGAAGGACUGCCUGUUUGCAGAUUUCAGGUACUCAGACUCCACCUUCACCUUCACCUAUAUUGGAGGCUCCAAAAGCAUAUCCUAUUCAGUACAUGUCUCGGAGGAUUAUCCAGAUAACACAUAUGUUUCCAGUUCAGAUAAUGAUGAAGAUGUGUUAGUUACAACAGAGUCAAUCCCAGUAAUUUUCCAUAGAAUCGCAACAGAAUUAAGAAAAACCAGUGAUGUUAAUUGUUGCUUAUCUAUAAAAUCAAAAUUACAGAGGGAAAAUGGAGAGGACUCAAGGCACAAUAGUGCAGUUGAAGAAGAUUCUGAAGGAGAUAAUGAUUCUGAAGAGUUUUAUUAUGGGGGACAGGUUAACUACGAUGGAGAACUUCACAAGCACCCACAACUGGAAGCUGAUUUGACAGCAGUGAGAGAGAUCUAUGGGCCUAAUGCAGUAUCUCUCAGGGAAUAUGGAGCCAUUGAUGAUGUAGACAUUGAUCUGCAUAUUGAUGUUAGCUUUCUUGAUGAAGAGAUUGCUGUGGCUUGGGAUGUAAUCCGCACAGAGCCUAUAAUAGUGCGAUUGCACUGUUCACUUACACAGUACUUAAAUGGUCCAGUACCCACCGUGGAUGUAUUUCAAAUCUCUACUAAGGAAAGAUUUGGGUUGGGACAUCAGCUGAAAAAAAUAAUGCAGACGUUUGUUACGCAGCAGUGGAAAAAUAGCAAAGAAAAAUCAAAUUGUACGCACAAUAAGAAAGUGUCUGAGAAAAAGGUGAAAUCCCCUCUGCACAUCUUUUCUACAUUGCGCAGGUUUUCCCCUUAUUUAUUUUUAAGGUCGCCAAGUUAUCCUCCACCUGGCUGUGGUAAAAACAAAUCAAAACUGAAAUCUGAACAAGAUGGCAUCUCCAAAACUCACAAGCUGCUGAGAAGGACUUGUUCUAGCACAGUAAAGUCUGAGGAUGUGUGUGCCACAAAGUCUCACAGAACUUUUGGCCGUUCAUUGUCUAGUGAUCCUAGGGCUGAGCAGACAAUGGCUAUUAAAUCGCACAAACUGUUGAAUCGUUCUUGCUCAGCAGCUGUCAAGCAAGAAGAAUGCAUCACUCUAAAGCCCCAAAAACUCCUAAGCAGAUCAUGUUCCGGGGAUCCUCGAUGUGAGCACAAUAGCACCUUGAAGCCUCACAAACUUUUAAGCAGGUCUUAUUCCAGUAAUCUUAGAAUGGAAGAAUUAGAUGGACUGAAGAAUCAAAAGUUACUCAGCAAGUCAUACUCCAGUGCCCCUAAGUCAUCCAAAAUGGAGUUUUUCAAAGAACCCACCAUAGCAGAGGGCAGGAGGCUCUCUCUUACCUCAGGGCUUAUUGGUAUCUUAACGCCAUCUUCCUCAUCACCUUCGCAAGCUGCUCCGAAUUAUGGUGCAAAAUGCAUUCCAAUACGAGACAAUGGCUUUCUUGUGCAGACUAUUGAGUUUGCUGAGCAGCGGAUACCAGUGCUGAAUGAAUACUGCGUAGUUUGUGACGAACCACAUGUGUUUCAGAAUGGCCCCAUGCUGAGGCCCACAGUAUGUGAACGGGAGCUGUGUGUUUUUGCUUUCCAAACUCUAGGAGUAAUGAAUGAAGCUGCAGAUGAAAUUGCCACUGGGGCUCAGGUGGUAGAUUUAUUAGUAUCCAUGUGUAGAUCGGCAUUAGAAUCACCCCGGAAAGUUGUCAUUUUUGAGCCAUAUCCUUCUGUAGUUGAUCCUAAUGAUCCUCAGGUGCUGGCCUUUAAUCCAAGGAAGAAGAAUUAUGAUCGAGUCAUGAAAGCAUUGGAUAGUAUUACUUCUAUUAGAGAAAUGACACAGGCACCAUAUUUGGAAAUAAAGAAGCAGAUGGAUAAACAGGACCCGCUUGCGCAUCCUCUUCUGCAGUGGGUUAUUUCUAGUAAUAGGUCACAUAUUGUGAAACUACCAGUGAACAGGCAACUGAAGUUUAUGCACACUCCCCAUCAGUUCCUCCUUCUCAGCAGUCCACCAGCCAAAGAAUCCAAUUUCAGAGCUGCUAAAAAUCUCUAUGGAAGUACCUUUGCAUUUCAUGGUUCACACAUUGAAAACUGGCACUCCAUCCUGAGGAAUGGCUUAGUUGUUGCUUCCAAUACAAGGCUGCAGCUCCAUGGUGCAAUGUUUGGAAUUGGGAUCUACCUUAGUCCAUUGUCAAGCAUAUCAUUUGGUUACUCAGGGAUGAAUAAGAAGCAGCAGAAGGUGUCAGCUAAGGAUGAACCUGCUUCGAGCAGUAAAGGCAGUAAUGCAUUACAGUCACAGAAAAAAGGACAGCAAUCCCAAUUUUUGCAAAGCCGUAAUUUAAAAUGCAUAGCCUUAUGUGAAGUGAUAACCUCACCUGAUCUGCACAAACAUGGGGAGAUAUGGGUAGUUCCCAACACUGAUCAUGUGUGUACGAGAUUCUUCUUUGUUUAUGAAGAUGGCCAAGUGGGUGAUACAAGUAUAAAUACACAAGAAACAGGCAUUCACAAAGAGAUUCUUCGAGUCAUCGGUAAUCAAACUGCAACUGGGUAAAAGGACCACUCCUAUUUAAUUGAUGUGAUUUGGAAGCCUUCCUCAGUCUCAAAGCUGGAUUUUGAACUGAAGAAGAUGCGAAAAACUAAUUUAUUAUUAUUAUUAUUACUACUACUACUACUACUACUACUAAACAAAUUAACCCUUUGAAUACUUCCUUUUUUCUUACUUAGUAUUUCUUAUCUCAUUGAAAUACCUGAAAUGGUAUGAGUUAGCAAUUAUAGGGGUACAAAGUCCAUUAAUAUACUACAACUAAUAGCAAUUAAAGAGACAUUUGGGUUGCUCACAAUAAACAAUUUAAAAAGGA